CGAGAGUGAUCUGGUAUAAUCAAUUAGUUAAAAUAACGUUAAAAUAUUCAUUAAGCAUUGACGCUUCUUAUUCCAUUAAAAAGUGUGUGUUUACAAGUCGAAUUCGUUUCAAAAUCAAAUAAUUUUCGUCAUCGUGCGAAGAAGAACGAAAAGUUAUAAAGAUCCAUUAUUCUUUUCUCAGAACUGACUUAAAUAAGCUUCAUAUAAGCGACACAGAGUAUUGAAAGCGAAACCAGACUUAUCAUCGUUUGAUUAUUAAGCAGCUCCAGAUUUAUUCUCAAAGAUUCAUAAAAGUCAGAGUUUCAUGUAAAUUUGGCAUCAGUGAAAAAAAAAAAGAAAAAAAAAUUGUGAUAAUUAUUUUUAUAAGAGUCUCUCUGUGUGAAUAUUUUAAGAAAGAAAUCGAAUCUAAAGACAAGAAAGUGUUUGUUGAAUAUUACUCCAUUUUUAUUGAAUUGUUUUUUUAAAUUGAAUUCUUGAAUAUUUUGUGAAAAACCUUGAAACACAAUUCGAGGGGAAUUGAGAAAGGUGUUUUUAUAAAAAGGGAAGAAAGAGAGAGAGUGUUUCAAAGUAAGAGAAAGAGACAGAUAAAAAGAAAAUCAUAAAGGGAAUAUAUAAUUGUUUUCAUUCCCGACUCGUUUCUGGUGAUUUUUUUUAUCAUGGACUUAUCUGUGGCUUGGUAUCAGGAGGAGCAAGAAGGUGAAGCAAAACGUAUCUGGUCAAAUAUUUGGGAUACCAACGAAAUGGAAUAUCAACAACAGCAAUUGCUUCAACAGCAGCAACAACAACAAGCAAACAAUGGCAAUAAUUCCGACACGAAAUCGAACGAUAGCAACACAUCAAACAAUAAUUUUACAGCCGAAAAAACGUUCAAUCCUACACGUAGAAAAGGAAGUACCAACGAUAACAAAGCAUCGACGUAUAACAUGAACAAGUAUCAGGGAAAACUGGUCGGAAAGCACGGCGGAUGCCCAUGGCGUACACUAAACUUCCAAUAUGCUCGUGGAAUCGUUGGAUUACAUCAAGAGAUUGAACAGUUUUAUGCGCACAUGAUUCCAACAGCAACAGAACAAGCAAUUCGAAUGGAUGUCGUUUCUCGUAUUGAAUCUGCUGUUCUGUCGCUAUGGCCAACAUCGCGAGUUGAAAUAUUCGGAUCGUUUAGAACAGGAUUAUACUUGCCAACAAGUGAUAUUGACUUGGUCGUCAUUGGUCGUUGGGAAAAGCUUCCGCUUCGUACACUUGAAGUUGAGCUACUCAGCAGUCGAAUAGCGGAACCACAAUCAAUUCGCGUACUUGAUAAAGCUUCUGUACCGAUAGUAAAAUUGACUGAUCGUGUAACUCAAGUGAAAGUUGACAUCUCGUUUAACAUGCAAUCAGGUGUUCAGUCUGCUGAAUUAAUCAAAGACUAUAAAAACCAAUAUCCGGUCCUAUCAAAAUUAGUAUUAGUCCUCAAGCAGUUCCUCUUACAACGUGAUUUGAAUGAAGUGUUCACGGGUGGAAUCUCCUCAUACUCACUUAUUCUCAUGUGCAUCAGUUUUCUUCAACUUCAUCCACGUCAAAAUUCUUAUGCCAAUGCCAAUUUAGGUGUAUUACUCUUAGAGUUUCUUGAAUUGUAUGGUCGACGUUUUAACUAUAUGAAGACAGGCAUUAGUAUAAAGAAUGGUGGUCGUUACAUCCCGAAAGAAGAGUUACAACGCGAUAUGGUUGAUGGACAUAGGCCCAGUUUAUUAUGUAUCGAAGAUCCGCUUACGCCUGGAAAUGACAUAGGACGUUCAUCCUACGGCGCAUUACAAGUGAAGCAAGCUUUUGAAUAUGCCUACAUUGUACUUUGUCAGGCUGUGUCACCACUCAACAACUAUUUUAAUGACUGCAAUCGUCAAAGUAUAUUGGGAAGGAUAAUUCGAGUCACAGAUGAAGUUAUUGAGUAUCGGAAUUGGAUAAAAAUGACAUGUGAGCCUCGUUUAUUAAAUCGUGGAAUUAUUAUCACAACAAACGAUCCAAAUGUGAUGCCACCGACAAACGUUAUGCAAGGUGUUGUUGAUGGACAUGGAUUUAGACGAUCAAGUAUAAGCUCUGGUGACACAUCUGAUUCUGAUGAUAGUGAUGAGCAAGAUAACUUGUCAAAUAAGUCACGUGACGAGAUCUCGCCGACAAACUAUCAUCAUCAGAUGAUGAAUGUAAAGAACAAAUUUGCACAGCCAAAUGUGCCAGUUGUGACACAAACGAAAGUGUCUUCGCCGCAUCAACGUGCACUGCAAGCGAUCAAUAAGCAACAAAUAAAACAGCAACGUGAGAGAGAACAAAGAGAACGCGAACAGCAAAUGAUGACCAAUAGUGGCUCUGGUCUGCUGAUCGAUAGCAAUGAUACAUUUCCGCCACUUCAAUAAAUAAUAAUAAUAAAAUAGUUAUGACCAGUUGGGUAAAAGAAAAUAAAAAAGCAUCAUCAACAGCAACAACAUCGCUAGAAAUCAUCUUUUUAGGGAAACAUAAGUGAAUUUGAGGAAGAAAAAAGAUUAAAAAAAAACAAACAAAUAUCUAAAUAAAUUUUAAUAAUAAGUGCGCUAAUAAUUCUCCAGUCGAAUGCGACAAGAAGAAAAGUUAUCAAGGAUCAAUACGCAGGAAUAAUAUAUCUAAUACAUAUAUCUCUUGCGUAGUAGCAAUGAAAAAAAAUGCGAAAAAGAACUAAACAAAAAAACUUAAAAACACAAAAACCAAAAAAACUUAAAUAUCCCGAAAAACCUAAAAAAAAUUAAAAAACAAACGAAAAUUUGAAAUUUCAAGAAAAAAAGAUCAUUUUUAAUUAUAAUGUUUUUAAUAUCAAUGAGAUGACAUUAUCUGUUGAAUGUAAGUUGGUCAUGGAUUUUUUUUUUUGUUUUUUGGUUUUCGAAGCAAAGUGUCAAAAAUAGAGCAGAAUCACUUGCAAUGAAAAGGUCGAUAAAGCAGACGGUUGAAUAGAAUUCUUUCGCCUAAAUAAGUUAAUAAAAAGCUGUCUAAGUAAGGAAAAAAAAGUAAUAAUUAGCUAGCAUAUCGGUCAAAGAAAGGCUUUUCUUAAAGUAAAGUAUGUAAUAAAAAUCUUCACGACUAUUUCUUUAAAUAAUAUGAAAUUUUUAGGAAAAAAAAGAAACGGAAGAAAAGCUAAUAAAAGAAAAAUUUUUUGCUCCGAUCUUUGUUUUUUUAAAAAGGUAAAUAAAAAUAUCAAAAUUUGCAUUUUUAGUUUCCCGAUGAUGAGAUAAAGAAAGCGAUAAUUUAUUGCAGUCACAAACCGAUGGUUUUUCGUUUAUUUAUAAUAAGUUUUAAUAAUCAAUUGUCAUAAUGACAUUGACGGAGUCACUCAUUGUAAUAUUAGGUGAAUUAAGUGAUUUUUCGUUUCUUUUUUGUUGAUUAAGAAUAUUAAAAGAUAUUUUUAAGAUUUAAGUAAACAAGAAAAAAUAUAUUUGCCAAUAAUUUGAAAGUCAAAAUGUUUGAUAAUUAAAAUAGAAAAUAUUUAAAUCGUCAUGUUGGUUGAAAAAGUACGUUUGAAAAAGCCGUCAGUAACUCACAAAAAUUGACAUAAAAGAAAAUGAAAAGCCUCAGAUUACUCGUAAAUCUUAUUACUUAUUCUUUGAAUUGCCCUUAAAGGCUUCAGCCUCAUUCAAUUACUUACUCGCUCCUUUAAUCGUAAAUAAGAGUUGUUAUCACAUAUUUUCACUGUCUCUUUAAAACAAAAAAAAAACAUAGAGUUAAGUCUGAUGAAAUCUUAUUUAUAACAUUUUUAUUGAAAAUAAUUUUAUUGAUCACAUCCGAGGACUUGUCAGAAGAAUGAGAAUUUAACUGAAAACAAGAAUAAUAAUAAUAAUUGUAGUAAUGCAUCAGCAUAUGUAUGUAACAAUAAGAUUUGUAACCUUCCACAUUACCUACUCACAGUUUUGUUCGCUGAUAAUAAGCAAAAGAAAAAUUAAUAAGUUUCAUCUAACCAAACAAUGAAUAAAAUUUUCCUUUCGGUUGAAAUCAAAUCAAAUGAAAAAAAGUCAUUUCAAGUACAAAGAAGUAAAAGUCACAAAAAAAUGAAAACGGAAGGUGAAAAGAAUCAAAGGCGAAUAUUUGUGAGAAAUUGAAGUUAUUUAUGAUUAUUUACGUUACUUAUCUUUAAAAGAAAGAAAAAAAUAAAAUAAAAACUAAGCAGUAGGUGAAGAGACUUCCCUUAUGUGAGUUGCGAAAAAAAAAAUUGUUUUCACGAAAAACACAGAAAAAAGGUCUUAAAUAAAUGGAUGGGACAAAAAUCACUAUAAUCGUGACUGAAGUUCCUCAAAAAAAAACUAAAAACAAAUGAGUUUUCU